GCGACUCUCUCCUUAAGGCUCCAGUUCACUGGAGGAUGAGACGGCCUAGUGGCACUCUGAGCCGGGAUUAACAAGCAAAGAGCAGUUUGUCCCGACAUCCUCUCACCUAAGGACUUGAUAUGCUGAUGCGCUGAUGGAAGUUAGCAGCAGGUUUGAGUCUGGUCUUUCCCAGCAAUAUCCACCACCCUUACUGCCAAAACCUGCCAAAGACAAUGUGAGACUUCAGCAACUAAAGAAGAGGAGAGUCAAGAGAAAGGGUAGUCUCUCUCAGACUCCUAUUCCAUUUCGUUCCUGCUUGUCACCAGUCAAUGAAGCCAGCGCAGAUCUCGAGUACAGUGACCUGUCCAGCCCACCACAGACACCAGAUUCAGUCUGCACGGUGGAAUCCUUGUGGUCCGCUUUCCCACUGGACUCCUUUGAUCAAUCUGUAUCUGCAUUUCCUCUUCUUGAAAGCAGCACCUCCAAGCAAAUUGAUGGCCUUCUGCCACAGUCCAACGAAAGACAGAUUAAGCCUUCCAAAGAGCAGGUGGCACCACUCUACGAAUGUUCCACAUUUCUACUUGAUGAACUGAUUUCUGACACGAUACCACCUACAAAUUCAAACCCCAUGCCAAGAAUGAAAGAGGGUCCAUCAUCAUCACAUCAAGCUGCUUUCAAUUCAGUGUCACCGAAUUCCCCGAAGUCUGUCACAACAGUGGAUCCUGUCACUGUGUCUGAGUCCAAUCCGAAAAUGUCAAGUCAUAACCUGACACCGUCCUCAGCCAGCUUCAACUAUGGCCCAGACCCAACAGCACUUUCUCAAAUUGCAGAUCUGCCUCAUGAUCCUUCUGCACCUUUAUCAGUUUCAAAGGCACAAAAAGAACAUUCUGCUUCCAACCAUGUGGAAACAAACACUAUUUCAAAAGAGUGUACUCUACUCCAUACAUCAAGGUCUUGGACCCCAAGACCUAUCAGUAAUGGUAAAUUGGUAAGGCGGUUAUCCCAAGAGACUCGGUGGGAUGGCCGUAAACAUUCAAUUUAUACAUCAAAAGCAACCCUUAAUGAGAUCUCUAAGCCUCCUUCCCAUCAAGACCUUUCAGAGAUAAACCCAACCUACAAAGAAGAAUCAUUAGCAGUUUCGUACAUGGAGAAGAAACCCGCAGAGGAAACAAAAGAUCCAAAAACAAUUGUGCCCUCAAUUUUAUACGGAAAACCCAAGACGACAUCUUGCACACAUUCAAGAGUAUCCACUCACUCUUGUGAACUAUCCAGAACCAAUCCUGUUUUAUCUGACACAAGUACAGCUUUGAACUCCUAUCAAAAUGGAUUUGCUCCCUCAAAUUCCAUUGAGGUUCCUCGUAGUACAACGUGUGCUACUAAAAAACAAGUACAGCAGAAUGUAAUCAACAAUCAUGACAAAAAGCAAAAUACCAAUUAUAAAGGGUGUGGUAUCCGAAAUACCUGUCGGAGUACUCUGAACUUAAGCUUUCCCACUGACACUCCCACUGAGAUUUGGACAUCAAAUGGUACUAAGCCUGACUCUGCCCAUAGAGAAUCCGUUCCAAACUUGAAAACAGACCAAAUUCCAGAUCGAGAGGCUGCAUAUUUGCCAACGGUCCCAUCAUUUUCCUGUACUGCACCAAAGACUCAGACAGCAUUGAAGUAUCCACAGGAAUUCACAAGCUUGGGCCACCUGUCACCCACCUAUCAUUGUCCAAUUGUCGAGGUGCGCAAGUCUUUGUCAUCACUACUGGAGAAUCAAAUGUCAAAACCACAAUCAACAUAUUAUGGACUUCAGUAUGUUGCUCAUGGUGGGAUUCGGACUCUGACAUCGUAUCAAAGCCUUGUAUCCCGUCGAAUUCAGCGGACCUCUUUCACCAAAACACAUUCAGCAGAUGACGUUGGUGUCUCCAAAUUUGAGUCAACAAAGCAACAUAGUGGACAUCAAAAGCGACCAUCGUUGGAGAGUGAAUCUUCAAAUACUUUGCAUCCACUUUCAACGCCAAAGGAUUCGGAGCACCAGACAGAGCGGACUGUCAAAGAUGUAUUUGAGAAAAGUCGUGAAAUCAAAACUCAGCAUGGGGAAACACCUUUACUUGAAACAUCUAGUUUGGAAAAAAUAAGACCUGAGCUUCCCCUUGGCUUGAUACAGAAGCAUAUGUGUCAGUCCACAAGUGAUGUAUCUACGCGAAAGGCCUCACACUCUGAGGUUCCAAAGCCUAUUCCUAAAGCAGGUGAGGUACACACUCAGACUGUCAAAAUAUUUCCUGUGGAGGCGCCUUUAAAUAGGACCCCAUGCCAAAAAAAUAGCAGCAGUUUCUUUGAUGCAAUCCCAAAGCUGGUGGAGGAAGAUUCGAUUCCGGAAACACACUGUAUUCAAAAAGUGAUAGAUGUUGAGAAACAUACAAAAAAUGACAAAACAUACAUUCAUGAAGCAGACAAGACUUUUGAAGAACCCAAUGUCACAAAAACAAAGCAAAAGCUUGGCAAACGUGUAAGUGGUGCUGGCUUAAUAUCAGCCAAUAACAGAAAGAAUCUACCAGACACCAGGCCUUUUACCAAAGUGGAAAACAAAGCUUUGCAAAACAAAAGAGAGCAGUUUCAACAAAAAAUGAAAGAAAGCACUGAAUUUAUUUUACACACCAAUGCGAACAUUGAUGACAGUUUACCAUCUGCCGUGGCCAGUACUAACACAAUCCCCGAAAAAGCAAGCAGAGGCCGCCAAUUUGAAACUGGAAUUAAAAACCCAACUUUCACAACUAGAGAUUCAAAGCUUCAACAUGAGCUUAUCCCAGCUUCUGCAAAAUGUGGACACAAUCACGCGCCCAGUGAGACAGCGGGCCACAAAAUGUGUUUCCUUAGUGACAGUUGUGCUUUGAAAACAAGCACCAGCCCUGUAAAUACUUUGUCAACCAAUAACCCUCUGCUCGAUACCAAGCUCCCUGGCAUACCAAUGAUGACAACCAAAUCCCUGAACAUAUUCCAUUUGGAGAGAGACCACCAAUCAAAUAUAGAAACUGUAAAGCUUCACAAAACAAGUGACAAUGGGGUUCCAGAUUCCAGAUUGCUAAGUAACGUUAGCCAUGAAGAAAAUUGCAACGUUACCGCCAGCAAGGACUCAACAGACAGACCACGAGGAUCUCUAACAAUUCAAAAUAACAUUGCUAAAAUUACUCUUGACCUGAGCAGAGCAAAUGUGAAAGCACACAAUUCUGCUGUGCCUUCUCUGCCAACCGAUGGCAUUGGUUUUAUAGCCGGAAAAUUAUCAGGAGAGUCUCUUCCUACCAUACCAGGUAUGGCUAGAAAUGAAAAAGCUACAUUUACUGGUACCAAAAACACCUCCAAUCUCUCAAAUGUAAAAAGAAUGCAGAACAUGCUUGACAGUAUCAGUAAACAACGCGGCACACCGUUUGUCGGAUCACAUGCUUUCAGCAGCAACGUGGUUGCCCCUCUGGAAUUGGGUGGCCUUGAAAACCUCAAAGACAGAAGUGUUCCGCAUCCAACUAAGUCAAACAAAUCUAACAUUAGUGGAAAUCCUCUCACCACGGAGGUUAUUUUAACAGACCCAAUGGUAAGCGGUAAAGCAUUAUGUCAUACAGCCCGCAUCAUAAGUCACGUGCCCUCGAGCCCUAAAAUGAGGGGCGUGACUCCAAAAAGUUCUCCGCUAAGACCAGUAAUUACAACAAAGCAAGCUGUGAAUAAAGUAGCGAAAAAGAUUGAAAAUGGACCUCUUUUCGCACCAUAUGAGGAGACGACAAUUCAAAAUCCUGUGAAAAGUAUUUUGAGUUCGAAUGACUGUGUUACUGCAAACUUAAUGAGUAACAACGUACAACGGAGUCAAAACCCCCGAUCUGAUGAAAAAGCUCAAACUUCUGUGGGUUUAUCAGGCAUUCAGACUAAUGCGGAGAAGAACAGCCACUUUGCCAAAGAAGCGCGUGUAGCUGCUAAAACUGACAUUCGUAAUGUAAAUAUUAAAAACAUUUCCCAGAGUGCCGUAAAUAUGCAAAUUGCUGUGACUCUCUCGUUAACUAAAAUCACUCAAUCUGUUCCUACCUCGCUGAGCCCCACAGCGCCAACAAAAUCUUUGGUUGUCCCACGAAUCCCCUUGUUCCAAGACUCAAGAUUGCGCAACACACCAAAACAAGCCUUUCAUUCAAUUUUUCCCAAUUCCUAUCAUAUUCUUGUGGGCAACGCCUCCUCUCAAGUAACUGCGCAAAAUGAGAACAUUUCUUUAAACACAGUUUCUACCACUGUUCAGGUCUCUGCUCAACCAGAUUCCCAAUCAAAAGCCAUUCAAACAAAAUUAGAGUUAAACAUGGAAACCAAAAGCAGCUCUCCUUUCCCUCAUUUGAUUCGCAGUCCAAACACGGAUCGAUCUAAGCAGGUUGCAAUAUGCCCUUCUCCUGCCACUGUAGAAAGAAAGCCUUCUGUUGCACAGUCCCACAAUCCAGUCCAGACAAACCUUUCGGCCAGUAAAGACCAGCAUUUGACAGAGCAGCCAGUUGAGAGCAAUUCCCCUGCAAAGCCAGCAACAGAUACUGUCAUGAAAUCAUCCAAAGUUGAAGCUGCUGUGAUUGAUUCUCCCACUCCUGCCUUUUUGCCUCAGGCCUCAGUGUCAGUCUCAACUCCAUCCCCAAACAAAGGAAUGUCACUGCUAUCUCCGCAAAUCACUGGACUCAAAGACGAGGAUGUUUUGAAGAUGAAGGCUACACCAGCAGUGGCGGAGAGACCAACAGUCGAAUCCUCCGUGAAGUCAAUGACAUCACCUGCAUCUUCAAUUGCUGAGAGAAACACAGUUAGACCAGGAACAUCUCGCUUACCUACUGAGCCAAAGGCAGCCCAGAAGCCAAAAGAUCUUAAGGGCAAACUGAGUGGAUGGACACGGCUCAAGAAACACGUGGUGGUUGAACCAGAGGAACCUGCCUUCCCAGAUCCACCGGCCAAAUCUCGGGAUGAGUCCAGUGACCGCAAAAGCUCAGACGCUGAUAGUAGGGAGAAGUUGUCAGCGGGUCAAUGUGAUGAUAAAGACUUGGUCAAGAACAGUGAGAGUCCCAGGGCACUGAAAAUGUGGGAUGCCCUCCUCUUUCAGAUGUUCUCGACCAAAGACCGAAUCAUGCAGCAGAUCAACACAGCCAAAAAAGAUUCCGAAAAGAAAAAGGCCUCCAAAGACGGCCAGUCAGAGGUCCCAUCCUUCGUCAAUCGCCUACCGGUUUUGCUGUACGGGCCUCGAUUUGAUGCUCGGAAAUUAAAAGAGGCAGCAGAGAAGCCAUUGACAAAAAUAGCAGCAGUGUUUGAAAGGGGACUACUGAAGCGAAAAUCUCGGGAGGAUGAUCACAAGGACUUCAAUAGAAUAGCCAGAGGAUUUGGACCGGCUGAAACAAAAGAGCUGUAACUUGGACAGAUGUGUCUGGGGUUGAUUAAUUAGUCUGUUGAAUGAUUCAAGAGGUCAAGGAUUGUUUUUUGUUUUUUUUUAACCAUGUGAGAGCACAUUGAUCUAAGGUGCACCAUAUGCUUUCAGUUCGAGUUUACACUUUUCAUUUGCAAAUUAAAAAAAUGUCAAAUCAAAUGGCAAACACAACAGGAACCCUUUAAAAUUUCAGAUGUAUUUAUAGGUAAGUUCGAUUAGUUGUAUAUAAUUUGCAAUGCUGCACCUUGGUAUUUAAGGGUGUUCACUGCUGAGGUCUAAACCACUGUAACAAAUUUGGAUUUACAUUCCAAAAUCAACUUAGGUGACACAUUUUUAAAUACUGAAUGAUUCUGUAAGUUAGGCUUGGAGAGGAAAUGUGUGUAUGGAAGUCAUUUUUGGCCAAUCAAGCAAGCCAGGAAACCAAAGUACCGGUAGCUAUAUCAGACAUAAGAAGUUGGGCAAUCGAAAUGUAACUGUGAUUCAGUUGAUAGCGUUGCCUGUUUUUUUUUUUUUUUGGCUUGGGGAUGGUGACUGUAACAAUGAAAUAAUAAUGAUGGAAUGCUGGUUGGGUCUUAAGUAUGGAGACAAAAAUGAAAAGGAAGUGAAGAAAAGGCAUUAUUUAAUAGUGCCAGUUUAGAGGUCAUUUCUGUUGUGAUCGUAAGAGUAUGCAGAGCGUGGUUGUAAAGCUUUUGACUCUGAAUUUCCCCCAUACUGUCUUAAAAUGAAAAUCAUCUUUAUUAUAUG